AUGUCUAUGCCAUCAUCAUCAAGUUCAGAGUCUGGGAGUGAAUCUGAUUAUGUUGCUGCUGUAGUUACAAUUUUGUUAUUAUUGGCACUCAUAGCUGUUGGUUUGGUUAUUUAUCUGUAUAAGUAUCAAAAGGCUUGCUUUGCUCCAUCAACCACUCCAAACUCUUCACCUGGAUCUAGUAAUAAUAGUUUGUUAGAGAAACCAACAAUAGUGAACAUAAAUGAGCCCCCAAUUUUCAAAAAAAAAAGCCCUAUACAAGAAGAAGGUAAAGGACUUUUAAAUACUAACUUACAUACAAGUCCUACUGCUGAUUUACAUUCAUAUCAACACAAGAAAGUAUUCAAUCCUUGUGAAAACCUGAUCAACGACAUGACACACGAGCCUGAGGAAACAGAACAAACAUCAUUAAAGCAUGUUUAA